AUGAAGUCAUUCAUUGUCAAGACAGAUGAGAGGCUGGAUGCUCAUGGUGCAGCUAUCAAAGAACUUGGGACAUGUUUGUGUAACUUUGAGAGACAAGUGGAACAAAUUGCAACUAUAUUAUCUGAGAGAAUCCCAGGUACUCUGCCAGCUAAUACAGAAAAGAAUUCCAAAGAAACGGUAAAUGCUGUGACCUUAAGAAGCGGAAAAGUGUUGAAAGAUCCCACUCCAAUCCAAAAAGAGGUGAUACCUGAAAAAGAAAGUAGGAAGGAGCUGAAAAUUGAAGAUGAUAAGAAGAAUAAGAAAGGCAAGAAGGGAGUAGAGAAAAAGAAGGAGGAGGAAACUUUGAGAAGGGAGGAAUCUAAUGAAGAAAGCAAGCACAUGCCUGCUCUACCUUUUCCCCAAAAGCUCUAUAGAGAAAAGCUGGACAAGCAGUUUGAGAGAUUUCUGGAUAUGCUGAAAUAG